AGCGAAGAGUGGCUGCGACCCCCCACAGCCACAGAGCUGUGAAUGCAACAUGUUGCAGCUAAAGACGGAAUUUGCUUAAAGCAAAAAAAAAGAGAGGCCUCCCCCACGGCCAGCGGGUUCCUUGGCGUCUCCUCCUUUUUUUUUGGGUGGGGGGGGGAUUGCAAACAGCCCAGAAAACAUGUUGAAGGUGGUGUAUAUGUGGCGAGCGGUGCAGGCCGGCAGGGCGGCUCGGUGCAAGGUGGGGCUGCGAGGCUGCCCCGUGGCUGCGGUGCGCUGCUCUGCCCUCUCCGGGCCCGGGCCCGGGGCUUCCCCGCUGCCGAGCCCCGGCUCGUUGCGCUGCGAGGGGCGGACCAGCCCGGGCCCGGGUCCCACUCGGGGCAUUUUCGCGGCGGCCAACCUGCAAGGCGGCGGCGGCGGCAAUCCGCAGAGGGACCGAAGGCACGAAGUGGCGCUGAAACGGGACACCCCGACCCCGUCGACGGCUCAGAAAGUGAAAGAAGCUGGAAGAGACCUCACCUAUCUCGCCGUAGUGGUAGUUGGGAUUGCCGUAACUGGUGGAUUGUUCUAUGUGAUAUUUAAAGAACUGUUCUCCUCCUCAAGUCCCAACAAAAUAUACGGAGCUGCUUUGGAAAAGUGUAGAGCCCAUCCAGAGAUAAUUGGAGCGUUGGGCGGACCUAUAAAAGGUUAUGGAGAGACAACUCGACGGGGUAGACGACGGCAUGUCAGCCACAGGGAAUACAUAAAGAAUGGCACUAAACAUAUUCAACUCGUGUUUUACAUUGAAGGCAUCGAGCCUAUAAAAGGAACAGUGCACUUAGAUGCCAAAGAGAACCCAGAAAGUGGAAGAUAUGACUUUUGUUAUAUAUUUGUGGAUUUUGACACCUAUCCAAAAAGGACCAUUAUAGUUGAAGACAACCGGUAAAGGAACUGAAAAAACUCUUCCAUUCAGCACAAGAAACCAGAUGUUGUCUUGCAUUAGCAGACUGAAUUAAUUACUCAGAAUCAAAGAGCAGUUUGAAUAAGUAAUCAGUCACUGCAGAUGCAUUCAUGCCAAUAUAAGGAACCACACUCAGGUUCUAAAGUCAAACAUUCAUAAAUGAGAAACACUUUUAUUCAGAAGAGGAAUUGAAAAUAUUGACCGUGCAACGGUGUUCAUUAAUAUGUUGUUUCUAAACACUGUGGAAUCAGAGAUGGUAACUUAUUGGAAACAGUUUUAUAGCCAGUGCCGAGGUAACAAUUCUGUAGGAUACAGGAUCCCCUGCAAAAAAAGAAUUCAAAUGUGCAAUGCAAAAGAACUAUUAAUAAAAAUGUUUCUGGUAAA